AUGACUGAAUCUCCAACUCUGGAGCUCGACAGUCCCACAGAACAGGAUGUCGCGCCCGCAGAAGCGCAGCAGCUGCCACCCAAGCCAGCGAAACGAGACGCUUUUACAGAACUACUUGCCCCGAAACCUAAACAUCCCAAGCAUGGCGAUCCCAGCACCUCCUCCAAGCACAUUCCUCCUACCUCUAAAAGGCGAGCCAUCGGUGGCCCCCGAGACGGCCUAGGCGUCUAUAUCACGAAACCAGAAUCCUUCCCCUCCAACGUAGUAGUAUACUACGACGACGACUUCGUCGUUAUCCACGACAUGUUCCCUAAGGCAACCCUCCACCUCCUACUUCUCCCACGAGAUCCCCAGAAAACGCGCCUCCAUCCAUUUGAAGCCUUCGAGGACGUCGAGUUCCUGGCAAAAGUGAAGAAAGAAACGCAGAAACUCCGCAAACUCGCUGCUGGAGAGCUCAGACGAAUACACGGGAAAUACUCGGCGCAGGAUAAGGAAAGGCAAGAGGCGCUUAAUGUAGAACCACCGCUGGAGGAGCUGCCGCCGGGGAGAAACUGGGAGCAGGAGAUCGUGUGUGGGAUUCAUGCGCAUCCCUCCAUGAAUCACUUGCAUGUGCAUGUUAUCUCCGUGGAUCGGUUCAGCGAUCGUCUAAAGCAUAGGAAACAUUACAAUAGCUUUUCUACACCGUUUUUCGUCAAUAUUGAUGAUUUUCCGCUCGCGCCAGAUGAUGUGCGGAGGCAGCCGGAUGAACAAGGCUACUUGCGGAGGGAUUUUGUCUGUUGGCGCUGUGGGAAGCAAUUCGGAAACAAAUUCGCCGAGCUGAAGCUACAUCUAAAGGAGGAAUUUGAUGCAUGGAGAAAGCUGUGA